GAAGAACCCUCUUUCGUCGUUGAUAUCUUCUCGACGUCAAGAAGCCCCGAAACUCAUACAAUUUCGCAAUUACUUAUCUGCUGCAACUGGAAUAAAAACUGGAUCUAUUUUAUCUCCCGUAGUCUGGGCGUUGCAAGAGGAUUUCAGGCCUGAAGAAAACAUGUUCGCAACCAAUAACGCAGUAGCUUUAGCAGCAGGAAUUAGUACGAUCGCUGUCACAAUUUCCAUAUUUUCAUGGAUGGAAAUGCAAAGAAUCCAGAAUGAGUUGGACUUGCUGAAAGAAAAAAGAAAUACCGUCGACAAACAGAACCAAGAUUCAAGAGAAAAUAAAAUCCACGAUUCUAAUGGUGCGAGAGGCAAGAAUGGCGAAUCUAUUUCGUAUGGACAAGAGUCGAAAACAGGAGAAAAAUCCCAUAAACCGAAUGAAAGACAAACUCAACAACCGGAGGAGGAUCAGAAUGACCUUUCUGUGAUGCGAAUUGGAGUUAUUCGAUCCAUAUACAGGCUUUGCGUGGGUACGCCUCGCCAGGGGCUACUCGCUCCUGAUGCUCGAGGACGAAUUGAAUUGGACAAGAUUGGCAACUCAUCGACAGCAGCAACAGUGAGUGGCUUGGAGGAAUUUUCUUACAUUUGGGUCCUCUUUCACUUCCAUCUCAACACACAAUCUGCCAAGAAAGCCCGACGCUUUAAGUCGAAGAUCUCUCCUCCUGCAAUGGGCGGUAAAAAAGUUGGAAUCUACGCCACCAGAUCACCUCAUAGGCACAACCCCAUUGGCAUUACUUUGUGCAAACUCGAUCGCAUACAAGAGUACGGACCACACAAAGUGACACUUCACGUGAGUGGCCUUGAUCUUGUCGACGGAACGCCCGUCCUAGACAUCAAGCCUUACGUUCCUGUAUACGAUUCCGUGAAUGCAGUAGCUCAGGCUACUUUGUCACCCUCACCACCAGAAGUGCAAAUAGAAUCAUCGAUAUCUUCGUCACAAACACCAAACGGCUCUUCUAGUAUGUCCCCUGCGUUUGGAGAUCUUCCACUCCCACCACCUCGAGUUCCCGAAUGGGUGCAGGGAGGACUGGCAACUAAACGCAAUGUUGUUAUUACGAAAACCGCAAAGAAUGAACUGGAAGAAAUACUACAGCACAAUCCCAAAGCACUAGAUUUUUAUGGUUCGCAUUGCUAUUGCGAUAGCGACGGAAAGGGCGAUAGCACAGCUGCAACGAUGUUGCGAGUAAUAGAGCAAGUCCUUAGCAUUGAUGUUCGCAGCUCCCACCAAACACGGAAGGCCCGUACCGGUCGUUCCCAGGCCGAACGAGCAGCACGCGUUCGAUCGACUUUUGACGUAGAGUCGACCGUGGCUUCGAACAAUGAUAGUGCAGAAACGAAACGGGACGAAAUGGAACAAAUCACGACACAAGAUGCUGUCGAAGAAUUGCAGGAAAGGAAAAUGUGUACGCAGCAACUCGAUAAUCUUUUGAUAUACUUUACUAUACAAGAAGUUGCGGUGAAAAGGGACUCGUCGCAUGGGAGUGGGUGAGUUUCAAGAGUGACAGUCUUGUUGCUUUCAGUCUUUGUUAUAUUUUUCUGCAAUAUUUCUCAUCUUUUGUUCUUCUUCGUCGAUGUGAAUCUCCACGGUUGUGAUGAUUAGGGCCGAAGACGGAAUUACCGUCGAAAGAAUAAAACUACUUUCCAACG